AUGUCGAGAAGUAACGUGUCCGUCGUGCUGGCCGAGCGGCCCAAGCCCAAGAUCAUCCCGGGUAAAACCUUUGCCAAGAAGGUGCAGCCGGCGCCCACUGAGGCCGACCUCAAGGAUGGAGAGAUCUUAGCCGAGACGCUGUACAUUGGCCUUGACCCAGCUAUGCGUGGAUGGCUGAACGUUGGCGGUGAGAUCCUUGAUUUGGCGCUGGCUCGCGCUAAGAAGCACGCGCGGUUCGUCAUGUGCGGCGGCAUCAGCACCUACAACGCUAGCGAGGUCCGCGGGCCAAAGAACAUCAACAUGGUCAUCGCCAUGUCCAUCAGGAUGCAAGGCUUUAUUGUUUUCGACUACAUCAAGGAGUACGCACAGGCGCGCCAGGAUCUAGCCAAGUGGCUUGAAGAGGGCAAGAUUAAGCGCGGGGAGACGAUUGUGAAGGGCGGAUUGAAUGUCAUUGAGCAGACGCUGGUUGAUCUAUUCAACGGUGUCAACAAAGGAAAACUGCUCGUCGAGGUCAAGAAUCCGGAUUCUGCAAAGCUGUGA